AUCAUUCAACAAUAACAACACUGCCUCAGCAACCGCCACCUCUUCCGCAAUGUGCAACGGCAACAGCGGUGAGAGCGGCAGUGGAGGCGAUCACUCCGCCGCCGCCUCCUCUUCCACCACCUCCAAAAUCUCCACCGCCACGCAGACGCAGUUCGGCAGCGCGGGGGGACUCUCGCCUUCACCUAGCAACAGCUACGAUACCUCCCCGCCUCCGGGCCCACCACCGCCUUCCGCCAUCUUGCCCUCGCCAGUCUCGCUGGUGGCUCUGACGCAGAACGGGCGGGAUAGCCUAGCCGCCACGCCCAACGGGAAGCUGUCCCCUCCCAGAUACCCUGUGAACAGUGCGGCGGCAGCGCGGGCGUUUGGGUUCGAAGCCACAGAGGAGGACCUGGACAUCGACGAUAAGGUGGAGGAGCUGUUGAGGAGGGACGGCAGCAUGGUGAAAGAGGAGAUCAAAGCCUUCCUGGGGAACAGGAGGAUCUCUCAGGCAGUGGUGGCACAAGUUACCGGCAUCAGCCAGAGCAGGAUCUCCCAUUGGCUACUACAGCACGGCUCCGACCUCAGCGAGCAGAAGAAGAGGGCCUUCUACCGCUGGUACACGCUGGAGAAGACCACGCCAGGUGCCACUCUGAACAUGCGGCCAGCUCCGUUACCUCUGGAGGAAAUGGAGUGGAGGCAAACCCCACCCCCCAUCACCACUGCCCCCGGAACCUUCCGGCUGCGUCGAGGAAGUCGCUUCACCUGGAGAAAAGAGUGCCUGGCUGUGAUGGAGAGCUACUUCAACGACAACCAGUACCCAGAUGAGGCCAAACGGGAGGAGAUAGCAAACGCCUGCAACGCUGUUAUUCAGAAGCCAGGGAAGAAGCUGUCUGAUCUGGAAAGGGUUACCUCACUAAAAGUUUACAACUGGUUCGCCAACCGUCGCAAAGAGAUCAAGAGACGGGCCAACAUCGAAGCCACAAUCCUGGAGAGUCACGGGAUAGACGUCCAGAGUCCAGGGGGACACUCCAACAGCGACGACAUCGAUGGGAACGACUUCUCAGAGCAGGCAUGUGAGCUGCCCUAUUUUGACAAGAGACCUCUCAGCCGACCCUUUGGCCUUUACCGGCUGGAGCCCACCUCGCCAACACAGGACGACGGCGCGGCGCACAGCGAGCACCAGGACCCCAUCUCUCUGGCUGUGGAGAUGGCCGCCGUCAACCACACCAUCUUGGCCCUGUCCCGGACCGGAGGGGUGCCCAGCGACAUCAAGACGGAGUCCCUGGAGGAUGAAUGAACUGCCCAGGAAAUCUGGAUAGAGAGAAAUGACACAGUCGAGAGGGAGGAAAAGGAAGGAGGAGUGAAACGGGGAGUUGAAAAAAAAUACAACAGAGACCAAAAUACUUGCUACUUAGGAAACCUACUGAAUCUGUCCCUCAGCGUGCCCCCUUCCUUCUGUCUCUCUCUGUGCUUCCCCCCUACACUCCCCUCCUCCCACAAAAUCCAUGUUAACGGUAAUCCCCCCCCAUCUUGAGGAAAAUGUUCACGGAAAAGAAGAAAAGGGGGGCAAUCGAGGCCUUUAACCCUGUGUCUCCCACAAACUCCGAAUCUGAAUACACUCUCUCUCUCCUCACAGGAUACCUCUUCUCUUCCUUCUCCUCCUCCUUACCCCCCCUCUCCUUCCCUUUCCAGCCUGGUUUUCUGAGCCAAUCCUCAGUCUGUCUCACCUCAGCAACAACCUCAGAAAACUAACGUGUACUGUAUAUAUAAUAUAAUAUUAUAUAUAUAUAUAGUUCUCAGCCAAACUCUACCUACCGAUGUACCCCUCAAAAAUCCACCCUCUUCAUUGUGCAAUUCAUUGGAAGAGCAGCCUCCAGCCGUUGUCUGGGGAAAGAUGGAUGAACAGAUGGAUGGUGAGAGUUUCCUUUUUGGCACCGAGGCGGUCUGUAAGGAUCCUUUAUCUUCUCUAGUUAUCAUUCCUCAGUGGAGUGGCUUUUUGCUUUUUGCUUUCCGACAGCGAUUCUGCUGUUGGAUGAAAACCUCUAAAAAUUCAGCUAAGAAGAAGUAGCCUUAAUUUCAUACAGACGACUACACCUUUUUACUUUUAGCAGUCCAGAGCAGUUUUUUCUUCUCCCUGACAAGGAACAAGAAAUGUUUAGUAUAUGCAUCAAAAAUGAUUCGGGUUAGGUUUAUGUCCAACAGCAGCAGUGGUUGGAGUUCAGUUUGAGCCCAUAUGGCGACUGGAUGUACAAUCACUUUGCCUUGGGAUUUAGCUUCCCACUGACACUAUUAUGUACCUGAGGCUAUGAGAAUCAAUUUAGGGUAAAUGUGAUAAUCAAGCAAACUUAAGCUAAUCUAAUAAGGGGAAUUGUGCUUAAUGUUUUAAUUGUUUUAAAUGUCAUCAAUGCCAAAGGAAUAGAUGCUCCGGAGCAACAAGCUAAGCUAAGAGGCUACGCUGACACUGAUCUAAAAAUGGUGUUCACCACGAUGAUCCAAAGCGACUCUAGUAACCCCCUUUGGCGUCUGUAGGUCAUUUCUUUUCUCAGUGAAGCGUCUCGAGCCAGCGUGCCGCUGUCCGUUGGGUUUGGCUCUACAGCAGGCCUGUGUCGGUGAAGAGAGGUAGCCUAUUAGCAGCCGGACAUACAACGAUAAAAUACCCCUAAGCUAUUUACUACUUGUUCUGUGACGCUGCCUCUUUAUAUGAUAAGCCUCAAAAAUGUGCAUUCAGAAGAUUUCUUUUUUUAGAUAUCUGUGCUAUCGAUUUAGACCAAAUCCACACUGGAACUGGUUGAGAAUAUCUGAACUUCUGAGGCAAUGGUUUUGUAAUUAUUUCAUCUAUAUAGCCUCAAACGUGAAAGCACCACUUUGAAGGGAAUCAGAGACAUUUAAAGUGGUGAUAUUGGAAAUAAUUUCCCACUUUCCUUUUAGCCCCAGGUGGAACUUCUCCAAAACCAUCUUUGACCGGAGAUCAUCAUGCUGUGUUCCAUUUUCAAGGUAUAGCUUCUCAUUCUCAAGUACUACUCUUCAAAUUCAGCCUUGGAGUGAGACAGGUAAAGUAGUAGUGACACGAGAAGAUGAAUACCACCCUCGCAAUGUCUGCAUGCUUAAUAUGAAGCUAGAAUAAGGAGACAGCCAAGCUUAGCUUAGCUUAGCUUAGCUUAGCCUAGCUUAGCAUAAUAUGAAGACCGGAUCCAGCUAGCCUGGCUCUGUCCAAAGGUAAAAUUAGCUUUCUAUUCUCACCUCUAAAGCCCACCUAUUAACACAUUAUAUUUGCUCUUAUUGAAGCCAAACUAAAAAUGUUGUGGUUUUACGUACUCAAACUGUUUUUUGGUCUGGUACUGCAGUACUUGUACCAGAGAUAUAACGUGAGCUUUUGAGGUGCUAGUAGAACGAUAUUUCACUUUUGGACGGAGCCAGGCAAGCGGUUUUCUCUUGCUUCCAGUCUCUAUGCUAAACUAAGCUAGGCUAACGUCUCCCCCCUGUAGCUUGAUAUUUAGCGUACAGACGUGGUAAUAAUCUUCUCCUCUAAGUCUCAGCAAGGUACCACAAAAGCUUCCUCCAAGGACUACUGCUUUACAGGAACCCCUGCCUUAGGGCGGGUUUUGGAGAACUGGGAACUAUUCCACAGAGCAGGAACUCUCAUGUACAGUUGUUUUCAGAAUGAUAGCAGUGUGUUUAAAAAAAAAAAAAAAA